GUGAACUGAUCAAGCCCAUCAACUGACAUUCCACGCGCUGUCGCAUGCCCACUCUCCGCCUUGCUUUUUCCCCUUGCCGUCUCUUAAUCCUUCUUUCUUAUCCAUUUCUCGCUUGCGGUCGGUGAUAAACGAAUACAACGUCAUUUGACCCAUAUCGCAAAACAUCCCAGCUCCAGUCUGCGGAAAGGGACCAGGUGCUAUCAUAAGCGGACAAGGCAAGAGCUAGACCUGGCAGGACCAGCCUAUACCGGCCAACGCGACAAGGCGUGUGCGCGCGCGUGAGACGCAAUAUCAUGAUGAACAGGGAUACGCUUCGGGGCGCGUCACGCGAAAUGGGACAUCCUUCGAAGAAACUUAUCGCGGCAUAUGUUUUCGACUGGGUCAUUACUGUCGUCUUCGCGGCAGCCGGCGGCUUCCUGUCGUUCGUCCACCCGACCCAUCGAGCUUUCUCGCUCUUGAACACCGAAAUAUCAUACCCAUACGUGGAGGAAAGCAUCCCGGCAUGGCUGGUCGGUGUCAUCGCAGGGCUUGCCCCAGCGCUCAUCAUUGCUGUGGUGGCCCUGGUAUUUGUGCCUGGACGUGAAGUGCGACGGUUUUCGACGAGGUCGCAGGUACUGAGGUUGAAGCUAUGGGAGUUGGAGAAGGGCCUUGCGGGACUAUGCUUGUCUCUCGCGGUGGCAUUCUUUGUUACGCAGGGAAUGAAGAACAUGUUUGGAAAACCGAGGCCAAAUAUGCUGGCGAGGUGCAAUCCCAAUGUGGAAGAAGUUAGUUCUGCCUAUCGAGGCGGAUAUGGACAAGACAUCAGUAUGCGCUGGACCAUGGUCGACUCGUCCAUUUGCCAGGAGACAGACGAGGAGACUCUACAAGACGCCUUCCGAUCUUUCCCCAGCGGACAUGCGUCUUGGUCCUGGGGCGGACUCCUCUAUCUUACUCUCUUCAUCUGCAGCAAGUUUGGCAUCGGACUACCACAUCUACCAGUAGUCUUCUCGUCAACAGAGCAGAGACAAUCCCCUACGAACGAACACGAACUCCUUCCCCUCCAUGCCAACCGAGCACGCGGCUCCUCGAUGGAAACCGAACGCAAGGACGCCGAAGACAGCCCAGGCGAAUACGCAGCUCCCCACGCUCUCCAUCAACACAAUCGCUCCCUUGACAACAACAACUUCACCGCAAACACGAGCUACAGUAACGCCAACCGCAACAACUACCCAACAUCCACAUCCUCCAAUCCCAUCAGCGUCCGUAACGCAGCAGCCGCCCCACCAAACUACCUAAUUAUUCCAGCCCUCACGCCUAUCGCCGUCGCAGUCUACAUCUGCUCCACGCGCUUCGCCGAAUACUACCAUUUCGGCUUCGAUCUCAUUUUCGGCUCCCUAAUUGGAAUCGUCACCUCCUGGCUCGCGUUCAGAUGGUACCAUCUUCCAAUCUCGAGAGGCCAGGGCUGGGCAUGGGGAGCCAGAUCCAGAGAUCGCGCAUUUGCAUUCGGUGUGGGAACGAGUGGAUGGGUUUCAGAUGCUGGUUGGUCGAGUAAACGAGCGAGUCCUGCGGAUGUGAGUGCUAAUCCUGUUCCUGUUUGAGCACGGCGAUUAUGAGAGAAAGACGAGAAGAUGGUGUGCUUAUAUUGUAUUUGCGAACCUGUGCUGAGUCUUUUGUUCUCUUCGCAGAUUGAUAUUUCGAAUCGUGUAUAGAGAAGUUGUUGUAACUUCUGUUCUCCUACUCUUCUCCGCAUUGAAAAUGAGAGGGAGUGGGGAGGCGGAAGUCUCGAUUCGAUUCGAUUCGAUUCGAUUCUGGUUGUAUGAUUGAUUUAGCGUUGGCGCAAGGUUGAGAAUAAUCGGACCAAGGGGCGGCGAGGGGGUAGGAGAGAGAAGCGGAAAAGUUGAAGAACGGACAGCGAAACAGGCAGAGGAAACAGUUUCGAGUUGUAUUGGCACAGCGGACGAUGAGAUAAUCCCAGU